GGAGCCCCCCCCAAAGUUUUCGCUUAUCGGAUUUGAAGUCGACUGAGGAAGUGAUAUUUUGCUAUCUACUUUUUGUGAAGUGAUAUUUUGAUUUAGUCAUAUAUGGUUACUGUCUAACCAUCGUUUCCGUAUAUUUUACCAUCUACAGUAGGAUGAGGGAUGAGAUUAUUGCACCGAAAGGAUAAAUUACGCAUUGAAUUUCAUUCCACUCCAUACGUUUGGUAUUGUCAUCUCAUUGGAACUAACCUCCAACGUUGGAAUCCAUGUUCAAACGUGGAGGGAGCAGCUAAUAUAAAUAUCAAGGAAUAUUGAUAGUCCAGAAAGUAAUAUUUAAGAUAUAAAUAAAAUGAUCAAAGCAAUUUUGGUGUUCAACAACCAUGGGAAACCUCGAUUAUCCAAGUUUUAUCAUUAUUUUAAUGAAGAUAUGCAGCAACAAAUAAUAAAAGAGACUUUUCAAUUGGUUUCCAAGAGAGACGACAAUGUCUGUAAUUUUUUGGAAGGUGGAAGUCUGAUUGGCGGUUCAGAUUAUAAACUCAUCUACAGGCAUUACGCAACUCUUUACUUUGUCUUUUGCGUUGAUUCAUCAGAAUCAGAACUGGGAAUAUUAGAUUUAAUUCAAGUGUUCGUAGAAACUCUUGAUAAAUGUUUUGAGAAUGUUUGUGAAUUGGAUUUGAUUUUUCACGUUGACAAAGUUCACUACAUACUCAAUGAGCUGGUGAUGGGCGGGAUGGUGCUGGAAACCAACAUGACUGAGAUUUUGACGAGGAUUGAGGACCAGAAUAGAUUAGAGAAACAAGAGGCGGGAAUUACAGCAGCACCAGCACGAGCAGUGUCAGCUGUAAAGAAUAUGAACAUUCCACAGCAGAUUAAGGAUAUGAAGCUCCCGGAUUUACCGCAGGCAAUAAAAGAUUUGAAAUUCUGACCAGCCGUUACAUCUGUCUCACCUAGUUGACUAAAUUCAUCAACAAUUUCAAAUACUAUUUAUGAUCCGUCGUUGUGUCGACAAUUGUACACACGAAUCGAUGGAAAUGAAAAUUUGCCAAUUCUGUCAACUCUGGAUGAACAAGUAAUGAAUAAAUCAUUACAAUUCCAAAAGUGAAGGAAUCCUUCAAUGAAAAUGUAAAAAAAGUGAUAUUGAGCAUGAGAAACAAUUUCUCUCAAAUGAUUCCACAAGAGAACAACAAUGUUAAUGCAAUGAAGAGGUUUGACAGUCUCAAUUAAAAUCGACUCCUAUCAUUGCCGAAUGUCCAGUAUUUAAAAGAAUAGGAGUCAUCGAAUAUCUAAAUUGAGUAAAUGAUACAAUUGCUCAAGUAUUCGAAAAUUUCAGAAAACUAUUAAAUUGAUUAUCAUUAAAUUUUUUCUCUCUCAAAGUAAAAGGGGAUAAUACCUGAAAGGUCUUUCUCGUGAUACGCUACGUCAUUGUCAAAUAUUCUCCCGUCAAAACGGGAAAAGAAGUGCUAUAGAUUUUUCUAUAUAAAAAUAUCUUCGAUUGUUGAUUAGAAUGUGUUUACCUUCAUUCGAUAUCCUCAUGCAUAUAUUAUGAUAGAUAUAUUUCUAUCAGUAAUCACCGUAUGUGGAGCAGUGAAUUCCGGAAAUACUGUUAUAUUUCAAUUAUAUUAUAUACAAUAAAAAUAUUAUAAUCAAUGAUAAUGGCUCAUUGUCUCCCAUUGUUCAUUUCAUUCUUGAGUGAUGUCCAGAUGUAUCCAGAUCCAUUUUCUGUCAGUAGGGGAGGAUAGGGAGUAUUUUUCAGCUUGUAGUAAUCUGAUGGUGCGUGCAUUACGAAUUCCAUACACUCUAGUUUACGUGGGAGAUCUUCUUCUGGUCCUAUUAUGUAGGUUUCCGGGUUGAAGCCUUCUUCAGGUGGUGGA